UUUAAUACAAUCCUUUUUUUUUUCUUUUUCUUUUCUUUCUUUCUUUUUUUCUCUCUAUUCAUCAUUAUUCUUUAUUUUACAUUCUUAUGACUAUUACGAAACAUAUAUCCAAAUUCGUACCCAGUGGUCGACGUACUUGGAUGAGUACUGCUGGUAUUGAACGUGCUCACCGAGCCAUCUUGUUUCCAGGGCAAGGAUCACAAUAUGUGGGCAUGGGCAAGGAUUUGUAUCACCUGUAUCCAAGAUCGGCCAAGUUGGUAUUUGAUGAAGCAAAUGAGGCGUUGGGGUAUGACUUGAAAUCAUUGAUCUUUGAAGGACAUCAAGAAAAAUUAAAGUUAACGGAAAAUGCACAACCAGCCAUAUUGACAACGUCCCUAGCGAUGCUCCGAGUAUUGGAAUUGGAAUUUGGUUUGGAUGUAGCAAAGGCUUGUGGUUACGCAUUAGGUCAUUCACUUGGGGAAUAUACUGCCUUGGUCGCUACUAAAUCUUUAUCGCUUGCUGAUGCCGUGCGUUUAGUUCGAUUACGUGGAGAAGCCAUGACGCGUUCUGUUAGUGAUUUGCAUACAAAUACUGCCAUGGCUGCUUUGGUGGUACGCAAAGGCAAACUACUCGACUUGGAAGAUGCUAUUGGGGAAAUCAAGGAUAUGUUGCCAAAAGGGGAAGUCGUGGAAUUGGCUAAUAUUAAUAGUUCAUUUCAAGUGGUCAUCAGUGGAACUAGCAAAGGUGUCGAUGCAACUUCGCGUAUUUUACAACAACGUCAACUAGCAGCUAGGGCAGUGGAUCUUCCAGUAUCUGCUCCAUUUCAUUGUGAAUUUAUGGCAGAGGCAGCUCAAGUGAUGAAGGAUGCUUUGAAAAGUGUGACAUUUCAAAAACCAUGUGUCGAUGUUAUUUCCAAUGUAACAGCCAAACCAUAUACUACGGCCGAAGAAAUUCCUGAACAUCUUGUACAACAAAUCACAUCAGCUAUUCAAUGGUCUCGAAGCAUCACUUAUUGUAAGGGUCAAGAUGUUGAUGAAUUUAUUUGUUUUGGACCUGGCAAAGUAUUAUCCAACCUUUUGAAGAAAGAAUAUCCUUUGGAUCAAAUCAAAUCCAUUACUAGUGCAGAUGAUAUUCUUCAUCAUGCUGAAGAGUUUUAUUGAAACAAUAGUUUAGAUCCUUGUCCCUUUGUCGUUUGAUUUAUAUUUAGCAUCAUUAUUAAUCAACAUUGUCAUCCCGGUUAUUGAGUGUUACCACCAUCGUUAUUAUUAUCAUCAUCAUCUGUGAUUUGUAUUCUUUUCCCUCUCACUUUUCCCUUCUUCCUUACUUGUAUAUAUAUUCCGCUUUUAUCAUUGAUAUUCUUUUUAGAUUGUCCUUUUCUAUCCAAUUUUUUUUUCUUCCAUAUCUUUUGAAUAAACAAUUCAUUGUAACAUAAA